AUGCUUGGGGCUGUGAAAAUGGAAGGACACGAAGCUACAGAUUGGAGCAGCUACUACGGGGAAGCAGAGGCUUACUCGUCGGUGGGCAAUAUGAACGCUGGGCUGAGCAUGAAUCCCAUGAACACGUACAUGAGCAUGUCUGCUAUGAGCACCUCGGCCAACAUGACCGCCAGCUCCAUGAACAUGUCCUAUGUGAACACGGGCAUGAGCCCAUCACUGACCGGCAUGUCUCCUGGCACCGGGGCAAUGACUGGCAUGGGCACGGGGGUCCCCAGCAUGGCAAGUCACCUGAGCCCCAGUAUGAGCCCGAUGAGCGCCCAGACAACUGCAAUGAAUGCCCUGGCACCCUAUACCAACAUCAACUCCAUGAGCCCAAUUUAUGGACAGUCCAACAUCAACAGAUCCAGGGACCCCAAAACUUACCGGCGAAGUUACACACAUGCCAAGCCCCCCUACUCAUACAUCUCGCUCAUCACCAUGGCCAUCCAGCAGUCCCCCAACAAGAUGCUGACGCUGAGUGAGAUCUAUCAGUGGAUCAUGGACCUGUUCCCUUUCUACAGGCAGAACCAGCAGCGAUGGCAGAACUCUAUCCGCCAUUCCCUUUCCUUUAAUGACUGUUUCCUCAAGGUGCCCAGGUCCCCGGACAAGCCUGGAAAAGGUUCCUUCUGGACCCUACACCCUGAUUCGGGCAACAUGUUUGAGAACGGCUGUUACCUGCGGCGACAGAAACGCUUCAAGUGCGAGAAAAAGCCCAGCCUUAGGGAAGGGGGAGGCAAGAAACUUUCAGAAGGGGCAUCGAGUGUGGGCUCUGCGGCCAACAGCAGCUCUGAAAGCUCAGUGGGCAAUGAGUCUCCGCACUCCAGCUCGUCUCCCUGCCAGGAGCAGAAGAGGUCUCUUGUAGAUAUGAAGUCCAGCCAAGGCUUGAGCCCAGAGCAUACCACCUCCCCAGCCUCCCAAGCCCAGCACUUGCUUUCCCAGCACCAUUCUGUCCUGUCCCAUGAAGCCCAGUCCCACCUCAAACCAGAACACCAUUAUUCUUUCAACCACCCAUUUUCCAUCAACAAUCUCAUGUCCUCGGAGCAACAGCACCACCACCACCAUCACCACAACCACCAUCACCACCAUAAAAUGGACUUGAAAGCCUACGAACAGGUGAUGCACUACUCUAGUUACGGGUCCCCCAUGGCUGGCAGCCUGGCAAUGAGCACAGUAACAAACAAAAGUGGCUUAGAGUCUUCACCUAUUACCAGUGACACCUCAUACUAUCAAGGUGGGUAUUCUAGACCUAUCAUGAACUCCUCAUAG